AUGGAAUCAACCUCCGACAAGAAACCGGAAAUCAAAAAACCGGAAACCAAAAAAAUGUCAAAGAAGGAGCAAAUGGCGAAAUUGCAGAAAGCAACUGAUUUUCUGUCCAAUAAUCUGAACCAAAUGACAAUUGAUCACUUCAAAAAGGAGGCUGGUAAGUCAGCCAUGAGAGCCAGAAUUGCUCAGUAUGACCUGGAUUCUUCGUGCUCGGAUGGUGAAGACUAUAUGUUUGAUGAUGAUGACGAUGCAGACACUUUGAACCUGUUCGAAGAAGAAUGGGAAGAUGUAAUUGAAGACGCAAAAAAACAGGCAGAAAAGCGAAAGAACAAGAACUAA